AUGCAAACAGCCGUUUGCUCCCUGACAGACUUACUGCUUUCGGUCUUCCCUGCAUCUCUAUUUUGGAGUCUGAGUAUGCCAAGAAAGACAAAAGUAUCACUCUCGAUACUCAUGGGACUUGGAAUAUUGUAUGCUUGACCGAAGUCUUCAUUUUGAAAGCUGUAUUAACGUAAAUCAAGUGCAAUGAUUGCUUCGAUAAUCAAGACUGUUGAAUACAGAACUAUUACAGCAGAAGCUGAUCUCACUUGUGAGUACCCAUGAUAAUAGUGCAUGGCUUCUGUAGUGAAAUUAACCUUGUGUAGAUGAAAUGGCUAAUCUAUCCACUUGGUGGGCGUAAGUGAAAUCAAACUCCUAUUACCAAAGUUCCAGACUAACACAAACAAUUGUAAUAGUAUUGAAGGAUUUGUUGUUCUAAUUGGUGCUUCCAUCCCGACACUACGUCCUUUACUCAAUCGAAAUGACCACAAACGUCUUUCCAGCGGCCCCGGCAAGUUUGUAAGUUCCUCCAGAUGUAGAAAGAACCCCUUACCAGAUAAAAAGCCUACCAACGACCAGAGUCUGGGCUCCAUGGAUACUUUAACUAAACUUGGAAGCUUUGGUGAUGGUGAAUGUAUCGGAACUGAAUAUGUGUCGUAAAACGAAACUUCAAAGAUCGUUAUUCCUGGGGCGAUUUUAAAGGAGACUGUGACCGAAGUGACUCAUGAGAAGGGCGGAAUCGAGAACGCGAAGAACGAUUGUGAGAAUUAG